UUGGAUCUAUUACUGAGAAAGAAUUGAAGUUUGCAAACAUCUUUAUUUUAUGAUCGCUUCACUGUCACCAAUCAACAUUUAACCCUAAGAUAACAAUUUUACGAUUAAAUUAACGAUAUGAACACGGAUGUUUGUCAAGAUAAUGUACCAAGAUUUGAAAAACUAGCUAAACCAAAAAAAAGAAUCGAUAAAACCAGUAACUACAAUGCCUUUAAUGUAAAACGUGGAGCCUUAUCUUAUCAAAUUACGGAUUCGUUAAACAAAUUAGCCCAACCUAAACGAAAACCAGGCACAAAUGUAUCUAAUAUAUCCAACUUUAAAAGUUCUCCCAUAAAUACAGUGAAACAAGGACAUCAUAAAUUGAUAAAUAGCAGCGAACAAUCGAAGGACGCGCAAGAAUCGAGGAAGAAGAGGUUUUUACUGGAUACUUAUGCUCGUAUCACCGCGGCUAGGAAUAAAGGAUGUUCAAAACGAUUGCAUGAACUCGCGAAACCGAAAAGUUACAUGAGUCGUACCGAGCCAUACGAUGAUUUCGAGAAUUACUUGCAAAUGAUGAAAAAAUGUAACGCGAAAUCCACGUUUCAGGAAAAAAAGAUAACUCAUAAUCCAUAA